AUGUAUACUAGAUGUGUGGUUAUCUGUUUGAUCACUGUCACCUCUUACGUUUGCUCGCUUAAUUUGGUUGUUAAUACAAACUACGGCCCUGUCCAAGGUUUUAUUCACAAUGCAGGAAAUGGAAUAAACGCCAGAAUUUUCUUAGGCAUUCCGUUUGCGAAACCUCCAGUUGACAAUCUACGAUUUGAGAAACCAAUGGAACCGGACAAAUGGAUAGCACCAAUCAAAGCUACAAAGUACCGUUCUGCUUGUUACCCACAUGAUCGCCUCGGAAUUCAAACCAAUCCCACUCUGUUCAGCGAAGACUGUCUUUACCUGAACAUUAUAACUCCCGCACAUGAGGGUCGCGGUAAUAUCUGGUCGACGAAUACGGAUAAUCGAGAAGAAUUUUCAAAAUGUACGACAACAGAUUGUCACGAGAGUAACGCGAAUUACGCAGUGAUGGUAUGGAUUCACGGGGGCGGAUAUGAAAUAGGGUCUGCUUGGAAAUAUGACUAUAAACAAAUUGCCAAAAAUUUUAUUUCACGGAAUGUUAUCGUUGUCACUAUCCAGUACCGGCUUGGUUUCCUCGGUUUCUUUUCUACUGGCACUGAAGUGAUGCCCGGAAAUUUGGGUAUGUGGGAUCAAAGUGCAGCACUUAAAUUUGUCAAAGAGAAUGUUGCAUAUUUUGGUGGUGACCCAGAUAGAAUAACUGUUUUUGGUCUUAGUGCUGGUGGCAGUUCUGCAAGUAUCCAGACACUGUCUCCUCACUCACAAGCUUUCUUUAAGAACAGUAUACAAAUGAGCGGGAGCUCCUUCGCACAUUGGUCUAGAAAUGAAGUAGUAGUCGGGUCUAGUUUUGAACUGGCUAAAGAAAUUGGGUGCCAGACAACCAAGUUGAACACAAUAAAGUCUUGCUUGAAGAAUAAGACAAUUGAGGAGUUUCUAGACGCUGCUGACAGAACAGGGGCAGUUAGUGACGAAAUCUAUGGGAUGAAAUAUGGUCCUCGCGUUGACAAUGACUUUUUGCCGAAAGACCCGGAAACUUUAGUUAAGGAAGUGCCUAAGAAGCCAACAAUCAUCGGAAUUACAGAAAUGGAAGCUAUUCUUUUCACACUGUCUCCUGUAGCAAAUGCGUUAACUAAGCUGCAAGUUGAGCCAAAGAAUUUGACCAGUUACAGUCGAGAAGAUUUAGUAAAUUUUAUCAGGAAUAAAGUAGCGAAUGAAAAAGAUUUUGGAAACCAGUCGGGAGAAGUUCAGUCAAAAAUUAUUACAUUCUAUGCUGACUUCAAAAACGAAGUAGUGCAUAAGCAUAAAUAUUGGUUGAGGAGGUACACUGAGCUUAUCGGCGACAUCUUCUUUACUGUGCCUGCGAGGAAAGAGAUUGAACUAAAAAUUCGAGAAAACUGGCCCAUAUGGAUAUACCUUAGCGAUUACUAUAGUCCAGCGCUAUAUGACAAAGACUUCGCAGUAAAAGGUGCGACACACGGCGGCGAAGAAGCAUACAUGUUUGACAACUUUUACAUGAACCGUUUUGCAUUUGAUGACAACGAUAGCAAAGUUCAAAGCGCAAUUUUGGAUUCUUUUACAAAUUUUGCUAAACAAAGGUCUACAAUUGAUUAG